AAGCUGUUAAAAAUAAAUAUUAUCUGAUAUUUUGUAUGUAUCCUUCAAACGAAAAUAUCUUAAAAUUAAAUGAUGAGAAUAGUAUGGUUAUUAAGGUUGGAUAAAGAAGGUUGACUUCGUUUUUCCAUGCUCUGCAAGAAUAUUGAAAAAUAGAUAUAUGGUUCUAUUUUUAAAAAAUAAUAAUGACCUUGAAAUCUCGCAAAAAAAAAAAUCAUAAGAAAAAACUAAUUCUACCAUUACGCGUGGUCCUUAAAAUAAUGUAACUUCAUACAACAAUAAAUGGAGAAGAUAUAUAAGUGAUUCCAUUUAACUGGACCACUCUGUAUCGUAAGGGUAUAGUUUUUAUAUUCAUACAAAUGUAUUUAAAUAAUUUGUUAACAAUGUAAUAUGUACCUCGUUUAAUUAAAAAUGAAUUUUCACUUAUCUGUAAAAAAGAUUUCAUCAUUUCUUAAAGAAAUUUAAUAAGUUUUAGUAUCGUUGAAUUAAUUAUUCACAUUGAUUUCUGUUACUAUGCAAGAUUGCAUAAUUAACUUUGAUACAAUUGUAAUUAAAAAAGUGUGAACUCAUUCUAUGAUAGUUUUCAUGGCGCAGAUAAGAUCACAAAUAUGCCUUUAAAAGGUAUAAAUGUAUUAGAAUUAGCUGGGCUAGCACCAGGCCCUUUUUGUGGAAUGAUAUUAGCCCAAUUUGGUGCAUCUGUAAUCAGAGUGGACAAGAUUUAUGGAUCUUAUAAUGCCAUUGAUUGUCUGGGUCAUGGAAAAAGAUCAAUUGCGUUAAAUUUAAAAGUUUAUGAAGGUUCUAAUAUAUUUAAGAAAUUGAUCAAUCAAAGUGAUGUGCUUAUAGACCCUUAUAGACCUGGACCAGAAGAACUUAUGGGAAUAAACAAGAGGUUGAUAUAUGCCAGGUUAACAGGAUUUGGGCAUAAUGGACCUUAUGCUAAUAUGGCUGGACAUGAUAUAAAUUAUUUAGCUUUAUCUGGUUUAUUAUCAUUAUUUGGACGUCACAAUCAGAAACCAACACCACCAGUCAAUUUAGUAGCUGAUUUUGCUGGUGGUGGAUUAAUGUGUGCUUUUGGUAUAAUACUAGCAUUAUUUGAACGUAGCAAGAGUGGUAUUGGUCAAGUGAUUGAUGCAUCAAUGGUAGAUGGAUCUGCAUAUCUAGGCAGUUGGUUCUUUAGAUCUCAAAAUGUGCCUGGAUUAUGGGGAAAUCCUCGUGGUAAAAAUAUAUUAGAUUCUGGAACACACUUUUAUGAUACUUAUGAAACAAAAGAUAAACAAUAUAUGUGCGUUGGAGCAAUUGAACCUAAGUUUUAUGAGAUAUUUUUAGAGAAACUUGGAAUUUCAUCUCAUGAAAUGCCACAAUUUGAGAAUUUUGAAGAAAACCGUGAAAAAUUAGAAAAGAUAUUCAAACAAAAGACUCAAGCAGAAUGGUGUGCCAUAUUUGAUGGUACAGAUGCUUGCGUAACACCCGUUCUAAAUUUAAAAGAUGUUGCAUCACAUGCACACAAUAAGGAAAGAAAUAUAUUUAAGACUGGAGACAAUGGUUUGGUAACUCCAAAUCCUGCUCCACGUUUAUCUCGUACUCCUGGAAUGUCUAAAAAACAUGAAAGAAAUGCUAAAUUGGGUGAGCACACUACAGAAAUUCUUACUGAAUUAGAUUUUAAACCAGAAGAAAUUGUUAAUUUAAUAGCAAAUGGAAUUGUUAAUCAAGGAAUGAAACAUUCUAAACUUUAACACGUUGACGCCGGUGUGCGCCAUCGGCGGGUCACACGUGUCUGUCACGAGGGGCUGCGAUGGGUCACACAUGUAUUUCACAAUAUAGGUAGUGAUCCAGCAUUGCCCCACGAAGCAGAUAGUGAAUUCGGGCACCGGCGUCAACGUGUUAAGCAUGUAAUUUAUUUUCAUUAAAAUGUUUACAUAUAUUUGUUAAUUCAUGUAAUAAUAUAAGAAAGGUUGUUAGUGUCCUAAAAAGCGAAAAGCUAGCAGUUUAUAUUAAAGAUUACUAAUUACUCUAUUUAAUGACAAUCAAAACUAUCAGUAAUCAUAUUUUUAUAUUUUUUUAAUGCAACUUAUUGUCAUCAAGAAAAUAAAGUAUCGAUACUAAUGAUAAUUUGUGCAACAUGACUUUGGUAUCUUUUAUUGUUUCUGUCAGAAUUUACAGAAAAUAAUAUCAAAAUAAAUAUUAUUCCUAUGACGUA